AUGUCAGAUGCAGUAACUGACUGCAUGAGCGAACAUCAUACAACUAUGACAACACUCGGCACCACUGUUAUUGGAUGCCAGCAGCAGGUAAUGAAACUCAACAACAUUAAAACGCUGGAAACUAUGACGAAAGCUUUGUGGACGAUAGAACAGGAAAAAAAGAAAGAGAUCAUAUCAAAAUUAGAACUUCAGUCAGGUUCUUCCUUUUUGGAAACUAAUUUAACUGUUAAACAGCAAAUUGUAAAAACCCGCCGCUUUGGUCAUCCAAAGAUUUGUGUAACCCUAGACAACUCUACAACGGCUGAAGACGCGGACUGGCCUGGCUUAUCUCAAGGCAGGAGAUGCGUCUUAUCAAAACGAACAACUACUAAUCUAGUAAUGAGGAACAUUGUUCGGAGUAGUUCCUUCUAUUGCGGGUUGACGAAACUAUUACUGGUAUUAGUUAAAAAUGUUUUGAAGUUGAAUAAAGUUGAUGCCGGAGCAGUUGAAGCGUUAUUUGUAUUAAUAGUUAAUAAAAAUGGUUGUUUUAACAAAAGAGUGUUUUUGAAGGAAAAAUUGUCACUACGGGAAAACUCAAUCGGUGGCUAUAUAAACAACGCCAAAGCAGACACACAGAGACAAAGACACAGGGAGAAAAUACGAAAAAAAGAAGAACGAGAAUUAAGAAGAGGUCAGAAGAAGUUUCAAGCAGAGAAAGAAAUAUCGCAGAAAUAUUUUGUGUGCGUACUGCAAGCAAAUUAG